CCGGGAGAGCGCCCCUGUUUCUUUUAUAGGCCCCACGGCGGCCGAGGGCAGAGGACGCCCUCCUCUCGCCCAAGAUGUCUCAUUUUUCUAGUGAAGAUGAAGCUCUUUUGCAGUCUAUGCUCAGACAGUUACUGCAAAGUGUCAAAGAAAAAAUCACAGGAGCACCAUCAGUAGAGUGUGCAGAAGAGAUUCUUCUGCAUCUGGAGGAAACAGAUGAAAAUUUUCACAACUAUGAAUUUGUGAAAUAUCUCCGGCAAUAUAUAAGUAGCAUGUUGGGCUCCGUAAUAGAAGAAGAAACUGAGAAAUGUACCUCUGCACAAAAUCAGGGUGAAGGAUCUGGCUAUGAUACACUGGUACAACAUGUUACUAAAAAGACUCGAGAAUCAAAAGAGUAUAGAGAAAUGAUGCAUUCUCUGAAGAAUGUUAUGAUGGUUGUAGUUGAAUCUUUAAUUAACAAGUUUGAAGAAGAUCAGAUGCGCUAUAAGGAAAUUCAGAGGAAAGUGAAAACAGAACAGCACAGCAGCUACUAUACAGAUAAUUGCUCUGAUAGUGAUUCUUCAUUUAAUCAGAGUUAUACAUUCAUGAAUCAAGAACAAUUGCAACUACUGGUAGAAAGGCUUGAUCCGGUACAACCUAAGGAGGUACGUCAGGAAGCUAUGCAGACAUUGUGUUCUGCUCCUCCAUCUGAUAUAUUAAACUGUGAGAGUUGGGCUACUUUACGUAAACAUCUUGCAACAGCACUUUCAGAUCCGGAUUCCAGUUUCAGUGACAAAGUUUUGAAAUUCUAUGCCAAGACAUUUUCUUCCUCUCCACUAAAUAUGACAAGGGAACUGUAUACAAGUUUGGCAAAGUAUUUAGAGAUGUACUUCCUUUCUGAAGAUAGUUAUGUCCCUACCAUAUCAAUAGGUAUUGAUAUAAGCAACCCAGAUAUAAUCCGUUUACUUAAAAAGAUACGUCUGCUAAAUGAGUACCAGAGGGAAGUCCCAUCUUUUUGGAUUCGUCAUCCAGAAAAGUACAUGGAAGAAAUAAUGGAGAGUACCCUGUCACUUCUGACAGCAAAGCGUGAAUCAAGCCACCCUGUUUCUUUGGAUCCUGUGUACUUCUUGGCUCUAGUCGAUCUCAAGGCUGUUUGGUUUAAAAAAUGGAUGCAUGCGUAUUAUAGCAGAACAGUGGUGCUAAGGCUACUUGAAAAAAAAUACAAAUCUUUGAUUAUUGCAUCUGUUGAGCAGUGUGUUUCCUAUCUGGAAACUUGUGAAUCAGUGGUUGAUACAACAGGCAAGUUUAAUUCUUUCUCCACAUUGCAUAAUGGUAAUAAACAGAAGAAUUUUUACACUGGAAAAGAAUUACAGUAUAUAUAUUUUGUUCAUUCCCUGAGCCUCUUAGGAAGAUUGUUGAUAUAUAAACAAGGCAGAAGACUGUUUCCUAUUCAGCUGAAAAACAGAAAAGAUUUGAUGUCCUUGACAGACCUUGUCGUAAUGUUUACUCGUCUUAUCUAUUGCGCCCCAAAUUGCCCAAAGACUCUUACAGUUCAUUCAGGCAAUUAUUCUCCAGCAGGCCUUAUUACUGAUGUGCUCGGAAUUCUUUGUGAGAGAAAAGAAUGUGCAACUGAAUGUCUAUAUACUAAUACAGUGAUAGAAGCACUUCUUCAGCCAAUACAUUAUUUACUGAGUGGAACAGAGGUACAUCUAAAUUCUCCUGAAACAACUCUAAUACAUAUAGCUGAUAUUUUGGCAAGGAUUGCUGCUGCAGAUGAUGGUCUUUCACUCCUUCUCUAUGGAGGAGAAAAGCCCUCUGCCGUGGAGGGUAGUAGCCUUAGGGGUGCACAUACCAUCGUUCAGUUUACAAAGAAGCUACUUGAUGAAGACAUUUCUGUUCUGUCUGGGUCUGAGAUGUUGCCAGUGCUCAAAGGUGCUUUCAUCUUUGUAUGCCACCAGAUGUAUAGUACUUGCGAAGGCUUAGAGGUGUUGCUCCCUUAUCAUUUACAUGGAUCUAUUUCUGAGGCUUGGAAAAAGACUAGUUUGCUUUCGGAGAGAAUUCCUACUCCUGUUGCGGGGGCAGAUUGUGUAUCAUCAGCAAGUCAAGAACCACAGAGCUUAUUUUUUGUACGCCAAGAUCAUCUUCAGGUGCCCUUCUCAAUGUACCCCCACAAUUUCAGUAUUGUACUGGAAGAGACGUUGUUGGAUGACUUGCUAAAUUUUGCAGCUACACCUAAGGGGCUUUUGCUGCUGCAGAAAACAGGAACAGUAAACGAGUGUGUGACUUUCAUGUUCAACAGGUUCACAAAAAACCUCCAAAUCUGUGGAUUUGAAAAGUUUGGCUAUGGAGCAAUUGUAUCGCAAGUAGCUGCAACAGCUGCAGGUGCUGUAGCUCUACAGAGUUCAGGAUUUAUAAAAGCACUUGUUACCGAAUUGUGGGGUGUUCUAGAGUGUGGAAGAGAUGAUGUCCGAGUAACUCACCCCAGAUCAACACCAGUUGAUCCCAUUGAUCGGAGCUGUCAGAAGUCUUUUCUAGCUCUGAUAAACUUGUUAUCCUACCCUGCUGUUUACGAACUGAUAGGUGAUCAAGCGAUACCUAAUAAACCAGAAUAUUCUCUCCGUGAAGUUCCUACAGAUAUUAUAGAUAUCAUUGACAGGCUUAUAAUUGUGAACACAGAAGCUAAAAUUCAUUCAUUGUUCAAUUAUGAGCAGUCUCAUAUCUUUGGCCUGAGGUUAUUAAAUGUGCUCUGCUGUGAUCUAGAUACACUUCUACUUUUAGAAUCUCAGUAUAAGGUAUCAGAAGUGCUCUUGGAUGCCCAAAGAGAAAAUACCAUCUACAUUUCUGAAACUUCUCGAGACUUUAUAAUUGAUGGCCUAUCAGUAGAGAGAAACCAUAUUCUUGUUAGAAUAAAUCAUGUUGGUGGACCAACAGAACGAAUCUUGCCUCCAAGAAUAUUGCAUAAGGGUGAUGAUCCAUAUCCUUGGCCCAUGUUUUCGUCAUAUCCUUUACCAACAUGCUAUCUUGCUGAAUUUCCAAGAAAAACUGACACAAGGCAAGAUGUUGAUGCUAGCAAGCUUGCAUGUGCUUUAAAUAAUCCAGAUAAACCGCUGGAAUUGAUUGACAAUAUUCAAAGACACUUUUGUGAAAUCAUGGAAAACAAACCUACUGUUAUGAGUGGAACCAAUUUGGCAGUAUUAAUGGAAAUGUUUGUCUUGCAUCUUUCUGAGACACCGUCAGAAUGUUACUUCACCAGCAGAGAAUGUGAAGCUGAUGCAAAUGUGGAGAUCAAAACUCUUUCAUCUGUACAGCAGCUUGGCAUUAAAAUGACAAUCAGCUAUGGUAAACAUUUGAACCUGCUGCGAGAGAAUGCCGAAGAUGAUCUAUGCCAUGUAAUAAUGCACUGUGAAAAUUUUUUGAAACGACAACAGGCAGUUCUAAGGACAUCGUUGCGUGGUCUGCAGGGAGGAUAUGUUGGCUUUGAUUGGUUUGCAUCUUCUGUAUUUCUAAUAAUGAUGGGAGACAGGGAAAAAACAUUAAAUUUUCUCCACCAGUUCUCCCAUCUUCUUGUGUCAGCAUUCCUUUGGAUACCACGGCUGCACAGUUCUAUUCACCUGCCCGUUGACACAGCGGCGUCUGGUAUCCAUCCAAUCUAUUUUUGCAGUGCACACUAUGUUGAGAUGUUGCUGAAGGCUGAGUUACCCCUAGUCUCUUCUGCGUUCCAUAUGUCUGGUUUUACGUCGUCACAGAUCUGUCAACAAUGGUUGACUCAGUGUUUCUGGAAUUACUUGGACUGGAGCGAGAUCUGCCAUUACAUUGCCAUUUGUAUUUUUCUUGGCCCAGAUUAUCAGAUUUAUAUGUGUAUAUCUGUAUUCAAGCAUCUACAGCAAGAAAUACUUCAGCAUACGCAGACUCAGGAUCUCCAAGUUUUUCUUAAAGAAGAAGCUCUUCAUGGAUUUCAAGUGAGUGAUUAUUUCAAAUACAUGGAAAACUUGGCUCUAAACUACAGACCAGUGCUGCUAAGAGACAUGAAGAACAUUAGAGUGCAGAACACAUAGAUCAAGCAAAUAAGUCUCUCAUUUCAAAUUUUAGUUAAUGUUCUUAAAAGGACACUGAUUAUUUGUUUUAUAUACUUCUCUAUAAAAAUGCAUUCAUUCUAAAUGUACAUACUGCCAAAUCAAUAAUAAGGCUUUUCAGCAUUCCGCUUUCACAAGACAUCCUCUAAAUUGGUUCAUCUGAAAAAUAAUGUGUUUUUCUAGCCAUGCACCAUAGCCUUGUUUACACUUGGCUUCAGAACCUGCCCUUGAAUUACUUAAAUGUCCUGCUUAUAUUUUCUUGGAGUGAUUUCCAUACUAUUAAACUUUGCUUCUCUUCAACAUCUA